AUUUGUUUUACAAUUUACAUUGCGUUUGAAAACUUAAAUUUUACAAUGUUUUUAGGGCUGACCCUUGUUGAAGGCAAAGGACGAAUUGCUCCGAGCCGUGCUUAACGUCACAUGCUACUCGGCCAGUUGGCCCCAUGAAAAAGAAAAAGAUUCAAAACUUUUUUCCUUUAAAAAGGUUGGUAAGAUUCAAAUAUAAAACCAGGAGUUAUUAGCCUAUUAGGUGAGCCCGUUUCUAUUUGUUUUUGAAAAGCCCACACUUCAACGGCGGAUAACAACCUGUCUUCGCCAUCACCGGCGGAGCAAACCACCACCACCAUGAAAACCUCUCACCAUCUCACAGUCCCACCGGGAUUGACCAGCGAAGAUUUCCUUCAGCUAAAGAGUGCCGUCACCGAAUUCCACACCUACGAUCUGUCAUCAGCCCAAUGUUCAUCCCUUCUGGCGCAAUACAUCCACGCGCCGGUCGACGUCGUCUGGUCGGUGAUACGACGGUUCGACAAGCCGCAAAUCUACAAGCACUUUAUCAAGAGCUGCACUAUGGAAGAAGGAUCUAAAAUGGUGGAGGGAUGCACACGUGACGUCAUCGUCAUAUCCGGAUUGCCGGCGGCGACCAGCACGGAGCGGUUAGAUUUGCUGGAUGAUGAGAGGCACGUUAUGGCGUUUACGAUCAUCGGCGGCGAACAUAGACUGAGAAAUUAUCGUGCUGUGACGACGUUGCACGAGAUUAAGGCGGAGGGAUCGCUGCCGUCGAAGACGAUUGUUUUGGAGUCGUAUGUGGUGGAUGUGCCGGAGGGGAACACGGAGGAGGACACUCGGUUUUUUGCUGACACGGUGGUGAAGCUAAAUCUGCAGAAGAUGGCGUCUGUGACGGAGGCCAUCGCUCGAGGCGGCGGCGACGCCGCUGCCGCCGAGUCUCUUAGGUGACGCUACCUCUGCUUCGAAAUACCCAAUUAAAAAAGAACAAAAAAAAAAAAAGACAGAGAAUCCUGCAUUUUACCCUUUGUUGAUUAUUUCAAUGUUUUAUAUUUUUAAUAUAAUAUUGAAUUUAUGAAAGCACUCUUUGUGGGUUCAGCUGAA